AUGACAAUAAGUUCUCUAAUACCACAAACAGAAGAUUUUUUUUUCCGUCAGCUCUUUGAUAAAGAAAGUUCUACUUAUACUUAUCUUUUGGCUGAUACUAAAAAAAAGGAAGCUAUUUUAAUUGAUCCUGUAUUGGAACUUGCUGAAAGAGAUGCACAAUUAAUUAAAGAACUGGAUUUUAAUUUAAAAUAUGGUGUCAAUACUCAUGUUCAUGCCGAUCACAUAACUGGAACUGGAAAAUUAAAAACAAUAUUUCCAAAUUGCAAAAGUGUUAUUUCAAAAUCCAGUGGAGCACUUGCUGAUAUAGUUGUUACAGAAAAUGAUAAGAUAGACUUUGGAAGACAUGUACUCGAGAUUAGGCCAACUCCAGGACACACAAAUGGAUGUGUUACUUAUGUUUGCCACGAACAAGGAUUAGCCUUCACAGGAGAUGCUUUACUAAUUAGAGGUUGCGGCAGAACAGAUUUUCAAGAAGGAAGUUCCAAAACAUUAUAUAAUUCCGUUCACAGUCAAAUUUUUACUUUACCCGAUAAUUACCGAUUGUUUCCUGCUCAUGACUACAAAGGGCAAACUUCUACAACAGUUGCAGAAGAAAAAAUGUUUAAUCCAAGACUUACAAAGUCCAUAGAUGAAUUCAUCGAUAUAAUGAGUAAACUCAAUUUAUCAUAUCCGAAGCUCAUUGAUAAAGCUGUUCCUGCUAACAAAGUAUGUGGCAUUCAAGAGGGAAUGAAAUAA